AUGCUCCAGGGCCGAACCGAAGAUUCAUUCUGGACAGCCCUUCCCCAGUACCACUCCCACCCCGACGUUGGUCCCAAUCGGAACCUAUCCUACACAAGGCUGAAAAAAAGAGGGGAGAGACCGGAAGUGACGCACGAGCGCGAGCGGAAAAACAGGGGCCCAGCGCCUGUUGCCGUGGAAACCGAGCCCUCGGCUUGCGUCCCGGAUGCGUCACAGCUCCGGCUGACCACGCCCCGCGCGCGGCCCCGAGGCCCUGAGGCCCAGGGCGGGGACCAAAAGCCGCGCGCUUGUGACGAUGUCGCUGCGGGGCACGCUAAGGGGCGGAGAGGAAAUUUAGGGCCUGCCUUUUGUACAUUCGGUUAUUUAGCCCAGAAAUAUGUAUUCAACCCCAGGCGCGUGCCUGGCAUUGUGGAAGGCGACACCUACCAGGAUGAGACAACUCUACUCAGACCCAAGCACACCAAGCCAGGAAUGCACAAAGGACGGCUGAUGUUUGAGAUAAGAACUGUCUCAAGGACUUUCUAUAAUAACCACACAAGAAAUUCCUCAUGUAAAGAGGAUUCGGAUCAAACUGAACAUCAGUGCGAACAGGACAAAUAUAAGUGGCUGGAAAUAUCCUGACAGGAUGGAACUAGGAGAGCCCAGCAACACGCCUGUGGUGUUCCCGCCAAGGACGCAUGCCCUGCGUCUAAUCUUGAUGAAACCACAGACAAACCAAAAUGGGGACAUU